AUGGCUUUCUUUAAUUUUCGGAAAAUAUUUAAACUGGGUGUCGAAAAGAAGAAGAAACAGUAUGAUAACGUGCGCAGAGAUGUUAAUCCCGAGGAAUUUUGGGAAAUCAUCGGUGAAUUGGGAGAUGGAGCCUUUGGGAAAGUGUACAAGGCACAAAAUAAGCAGACAGGGAUUUUGGCUGCGGCUAAAGUCAUAGACACCAAGAGUGAGGAGGAGUUGGAGGACUACAUGGUGGAGAUUGACAUCCUCGCGUCAUGUGACCACCACAACAUAGUCCAGCUUCUGGAUGCCUUCUACUACGAGAGCAAGCUAUGGAUCUUGAUAGAGUUCUGUGCAGGAGGCGCAGUCGACGCUGUGAUGCUGGAGCUGGAGAGGCCACUGACGGAGCCCCAGAUUCGUGUGGUGUGUAGGCAAACUCUGGAAGCUCUGAUUUACCUCCACGAGAACAAGAUCAUCCACAGAGACCUGAAGGCGGGAAACAUCCUCCUCACACUGGAUGGAGAUGUCAAACUGGCCGACUUCGGCGUGUCGGCCAAAAACACGAGAACGAUCCAACGCAGAGACUCCUUCAUUGGAACCCCGUACUGGAUGGCCCCAGAGGUGGUCAUGUGUGAGACGUCUAAAGACCGGCCGUAUGACUACAAGGCUGAUAUCUGGUCUCUGGGAAUCACUCUUAUCGAGCUGGCCCAGAUCGAGCCUCCAAACCAUGAGAUGAACCCCAUGAGAGUCCUGCUCAAGAUAGCAAAGUCUGAACCCCCUACCCUAAUGCAGCCUUCAAAAUGGUCCCCAGAGUUCAGGGAUUUCCUUCGUCGAGCACUGGACAAGAACAUAGACACCAGAUGGACGGCAGCCCAGCUCCUCCAGCAUGCGUUUGUUAGCAGCGUGACUGAUAACAAACCCGUGAGAGAGCUCAUUGCCGAGGCCAAGGCAGAGGUCACCGAAGAGUUCGAACUGUCCAAGGAGGAAGAGGAGGAGGAAGAGUCGGACUCGCAACUGCUGCUCCCGGGGCACAAGCGCGACUCGUCGGACAUCAGCAUGGCCAGCUCGGAGGACGAGAAGCUCUCCCAGUCGCCCUCCAUCCUGGAGUCCGUCCCCGAGAAGCUGGAACAGGAGACGGCCGUUCCGAAGAUCUCAGAUGCAGACAUCGCGGCCGGCGAGACAGAUAAAGCAGAGAGGCAGAAGGUGGAGGAGAACCACAUCCAGGAACCGGAGACUGGAGAAGCCACGGUGGUGGUACCCGUGGAAGAGGUCCAGGGCAGUCCAGAGAAACCACAGGAGCAGGAAGCCGACGCUGAGAAGAACGAUGGGGAGGUGAUUCCGAGUCCCACCAAGGCCGAUCCCGAGGAGCCGUCGGCUAAGCCCGACAAGGGAAAGCCAGAGGAGGAGACAAAGGAGGAGGAGAAAGAAGCGGAACCUACAGUGGAGAACGUCCAGGUGUCCCAGGGUAACGAGGAGGUCAUAACGGAGGCCCCCAAACAAGAGGCAGAAGAGUCAACCAAUGAGGACCUUUCCAAACAGGUCAAGGUGCCCGUGGACGCGCCCGAAGAGAAGCCCACACCUCCAACCUCUCCGGUGAACGAGGUUAAGAAACCCACAUCGGAGAUCGAGUCCAAGUACGAGAAAGAUUCUGAUUCUGGCAACAGUUCGGCCACCGAAAACAGCACCGUCGAUCUUAAUUUAUCCAUCUCAAGCUUCCUCCCCAAGUCGAAGGAGCCAGGAUCUGUAUCCGUACAAGACAUGAAACGACAAAAAAAGACACUGAAAAAGACUCGUAAGUUUAUUGUGGAUGGCGUGGAAGUUAGCGUCACGACGUCGAAGAUCAUCACCGACAACGAUGCUAAAAAUGAAGAGAUGAGGUUCCUGAGACGGCAGGAGCUGAGGGAGCUGCGCCUCCUUCAGAAGGAGGAGCAGAGAGCCCAGCAGCAGCUGAGCAAUAAGCUCCUGCAACAGAGGGAGCACACCUACAGACGCUUUGAACAGGAGACGACGAGUAAGAAGCGGCAGUACGACCAGGAGGUGGAGAACAUGGAGAGGCAGCAGAAGCAGACGAUUGAGAGGCUGGAGCAGGAGCACACCAGCCGCCUGCGUGACGAAGCCAAACGCAUCAAAGCCGAACAGGACAAAGAGCUGUCCAAGUUCCAGAACAUGCACAAGAGCCGCAAGAAGGAGGAGCAGGAGUUUCUGCAGAAACAGCAGCAGGAACUGGACGGUGCUUUGAAGAAGAUCAUUCAGCACCACAAGGUCGAACUGGCCACCACAGAGAGAGACUGUCUCAACCGCAAACAGCAGCUGCUCCGAGCCAGAGAAGCAGCUAUGUGGGAGCUGGAAGAGCGCCAUCUGCAGGAGAAACACCAGUUACACAAGCAACAGCUCAAAGAUCAGUACUUCAUGCAGAGACACCAGCUGCUCAAGAGACACGAGAAGGAGAUGGAACAGAUGCAGCGCUAUAACCAGCGUCUCAUCGAGGAGAUGAGGACGAAACAGGCGCAGGAGAGAGGCAGGUUACCCAAGAUUCAGCGCAGCGACGCCAAGACGCGAAUGAACAUGUUUAAAAAGAGCCUGCGAAUCACCACGACGGCAAUGUCGGCCGAACAGGAGAGGGAGAAGAUCAAACAGUUUGCUGCGCAGGAGGAGAGGAGGCAGAAGAAUGAGAGACUCCAGCAGCAUCAAAAACAUGAAAAUCAGAUGAGAGACCUGCAGCUGCAGUGUGACACUAACAUCCGAGAACUACAGCAGCUACAGAAUGAGAAAUGCCACCUCCUGAUUGAACACGAGACGGAGAAGCUGAAGGAGCUGGAUGAGGAGCACAGUCAGGAGCUGAAGGAGUGGAGAGAGAAACUCAGGCCCAGGAAAAAGGCCCUGGAGGAUGAGUUUGCCAGAAAGCUGCAGGAGCAGGAGGUGUUUUUCAAGAUGAGUGGAGAGUCAGAAUGCCUUAACCCAUCUGCACAGAGUCGCAUAUCCAAGUUCUACCCAGUGCCGACGGUCCAGUCCACUGGGUUUUAAC